CCGCUUCCUGCCGCUGAGCGCCGCGGUUGGCCGCCUGGGGGAGCGCUGGCGAGGCGCGGACAGCGGGCGCCCGGCACCUCGGCCCGCGGCACUGCCUCUCGGGCGCGGCGUCGGUGGCGGCGCGGACCCGCGGACCCGGCAGCACAACGUCCUAAAAUAAAUCCAUCAGAAUGACACCUUCUCAGGUUACCUUUGAAAUAAGAGGAGCUCUUUUACCAGGAGAGGUUUUUGCAAUAUGUGGAAGCUCUGAUGCUUUGGGAAACUGGAAUCCUCAAAAUGCUGUGGCUCUUCUUCCAGAGAACGAGACAGGUGAAAGCAUGUUAUGGAAAGCAACCAUUGUACUUAGUAGAGGAGUAUCAGUUCAGUACCGCUACUUCAAAGGGUGCUUUUUAGAACCAAAGACUAUCGGUGGUCCAUGUCAAGUCAUAGUUCACAAGUGGGAGACUCAUCUACAACCACGAUCAAUAACCCCUUUAGAAAGUGAAAUUAUUAUUGACGAUGGACAAUUUGGAAUCCACAAUGGUGUUGAGACUCUGGAUUCUGGAUGGCUGACGUGUCAGACUGAAAUCAGAUUACGUUUGCAUUAUUCUGAGAAACCUCCUGUCUCAAUAACCAAGAAAAAAUUAAAAAAAUCUAGAUUUAGGGUAAAGUUGACACUAGAGGGUCUGGAGGAAGAUGACGAUGAUAGGAUAUCUCCCACUGUUCUUCACAAAAUGUCCAAUAGUCUGGAGAUAUCCUUAAUAAGCGACAAUGAGUUCAAGUGCAGGCAUUCACAGCCGGAGUGUGGGUAUGGCUUACAGCCUGAUCGUUGGACAGAGUAUAGUAUACAGACAAUGGAACCAGAUAACCUGGAACUAAUAUUUGAUUUUUUUGAGGAAGAUCUCAGUGAACACAUAGUUCAGGGCGACACUCUUCCUGGACAUGUGGGUACAGCGUGCCUCUUAUCAUCCACCAUUGCAGAGAGUGGGAAGAGUGCUGGAAUCCUUACUCUUCCCAUCAUGAGCAGAAAUUCCAGAAAAACAAUAGGCAAAGUGAGAGUUGACUAUAUAAUUAUUAAGCCGUUACCAGGAUACAAUUGUGACAUGAAAUCUUCAUUUUCCAAGUAUUGGAAGCCAAGAAUACCAUUGGAUGUUGGACAUCGAGGUGCAGGAAAUUCUACAACAACUGCUCAGCUUGCUAAAGUUCAGGAAAAUACUAUUGCUUCGUUAAGAAAUGCCGCUAGUCAUGGUGCAGCCUUUGUAGAAUUUGAUGUACAUCUUUCAAAAGAUUUUGUGCCUGUAGUGUAUCAUGAUCUGACCUGUUGUUUGACUAUGAAAAAGAAAUUUGAUGCUGAUCCAGUUGAAUUAUUUGAAAUUCCAGUAAAAGAAUUAACCUUUGACCAACUCCAGUUGUUAAAGCUCACUCAUGUGACUGCACUAAAAUCUAAAGAACUGAAAGAAUCUGUGGUUGAGGAGGAAAAUUCCUUUUCUGAAAAUCAGCCAUUUCCUUCUCUUAAGAUGGUUUUAGAGUCUUUGCCAGAAGAUGUAGGGUUUAACAUAGAAAUAAAAUGGAUCUGCCAACAAAGGGAUGGAAUAUGGGAUGGUAACUUAUCAACAUAUUUUGACAUGAAUCUGUUUUUGGAUAUAAUUUUAAAAACUGUCUUAGAAAAUUCUGGGAAGAGGAGAAUAGUAUUUUCUUCAUUUGAUGCAGAUAUUUGCACAAUGGUUCGGCAAAAGCAGAACAAAUAUCCCAUAUUAUUUUUGACUCAGGGGAAAUCUGAUAUUUACCCUGAACUCAUGGACCUCAGAUCUCGGACAACCCCCAUUGCAAUGAGCUUUGCACAGUUUGAAAAUCUACUGGGGAUAAAUGCACAUACUGAAGACCUUCUCAGAAACCCAUCCUAUAUUCAAGAGGCAAAAGCUAAGGGACUGGUCAUAUUCUGCUGGGGUGAUGAUACCAAUGAUCCUGAAAACAGAAAGAAAUUAAAGGAAUUUGGAGUUAAUGGUCUAAUUUAUGAUAGGAUAUAUGAUUGGAUGCCUGAACAGCCAAAUAUAUUCCAAGUGGAGCAGUUGGAACGUCUGAAGCAAGAAUUGCCAGAGCUUAAGAGCUGUUUGUGUCCCACUGUUAGCCGCUUUGUCCCCUCGUCUUUUUGUGGGGAGCCUGACAUCCAUGUGGAUGCCAAUGGCAUAGAUAAUGUGGAGAAUGCUUAGUGUUUAUUGGGCGGAGACCAUUCGGGGCAUGCAUCGCUGUUCUGGGUAUUCACUUUUCAUCACUGAGCAUUGUUUAUCUAUGCCUUUUAGGUUUUCAGUCCAGUGAAGCAAUAAUGAAGUAUUUUAAUAUUUCACUACAGUUCUUGCUAGAAUUUCAAGUAUUCUAUUUAAAUCACUUGGCCAGGUAUAAUUACCAGUCAGUCUCUUUACAAUGAAAAACUUUAUUGGUUGGUAAAUAUUUUAAACUAAAUAUGUAAGUUAUAAUGUUAAACAAAUAUUCAUUAAAAACAUAACACUUUGAAAUUAACUAUACAAAUAUCUCAUAUUUACACUUAUUACAGCUUUUCAUUUGAUCAGGUCUGAAAUAUUUAGCACUCAAGGAACAUGACUAUGCAUAAUUAUACCUGACCAUGGGAAAAAUAAGUACCUCAAAUGCAUGCAUUUGCACUGGUGAUUCCAACUGCACAAACCUUUGUGCCAUCUGUGUAUUUUUGACAUGAAUUGACAUUCACACCAUUUUCAUUCAGUAUGAGCCUUGAGGCUGCUGCCAUUUCCCCACUUAACCAAACCAAUGCCUGUGUAAAUAGCCUAGAGGUGAUCCUUGAAAACUUGUUUCAUAAAUCUUUCAAAAGUUGUUUUGCAUAAAUACUAAAAUUUCAAAAAGCUGCAGGGUAACUUAAUGUAUAAAGUAUUAAAAGAAUGGAUUGAAGACUUAGUACAGUAGAUGAUAAUGUAUAAAUUCUGUUGAAUGCAUGCUUUUUGUUUUAAGCAUGAGAUAGUACACGUUUACUGUAAGUCCUUGCAUCUGUGGUGCUAGGUGAGUGUGAGAAGGUGUCAAGGACAGAAAAAUAAUUUGUUGCCUAAAAAAAAAAAAGGAAAAAAAAAGCCUAUUUGUAGGCAUUUUAAAUAUGCUUAAGUGUCUCUCACUACCUAUUACACACCGUUGCUUUAUGGGUUUGUUUUGUGUGUGUGUUGUACGGUAGUUAAAUCUCUGUGCAGAAAAAUAAAUGUCCUGAAUUCUUAUAUCGGUAUUCUUUAUUGGUUAAUGAAUAUCAUGCAUGUAAUUUAUUUAGAAAUGCAGAAGAUUCUAUUAAAUGUAUAUGCAUGUUGUUAGGAUUAUACCAAGGUUUCUUUCAUUAGAAGCAGAUUGUUUUGGCAUAAUUGUAACUUAUGAAUGAAUGUUGAAUAAAAUACACAGAUUUAUUUUCUUCAUUAUAAAAUGAAAUUUCAAGAAGGUGUUACUUUUAUAGCAUUGGUUCUAUAUUAUUAUUAUGAGAAAUUGGAAUUUAGUGUCUACUCUGCAAGGAUGGCUUAUUUGCAUAUACCUUUUAUUGCAUGUUCCUCACUAGGCAGUUUAUUCAUGUAUUGACAUGAUUUGGUAGUAGCUGAGAACCUGAAACUUGGAUUAUAUAUUUGUAUCUUUUUAUUUUUUUAAGCCAAGCAAUGCAGCUUUGGUCAGAUCUAAAUUGUGUGAAGAUAGGCUUUAAAAGCCUAUGGUAUUGUGUUUGUAACACUGAUAUUUAAUGGAAAAUAGUUUAGGAAAUGGAGUCUUCUGCAGGGGUUUUAUAUACUUUUCUCAUGUUGAAAGAGAUUUUCCAUCACUUGAUGUGAAUUAGGCACUUUUAGAAAACUCCUGAAAAAGAAUUACUUUUCUUGAUCUGCAGACCUGGUACAGUACAAUUACCAUUACCUUACAGUAACUUGAUUAGCCAUAUGUGUAUUUCAAGUCGUGUUUGUUUGCUCCUCCCCUGUGCCUUUCCAGUUCCAGCUCCAUUUUGAAGACCUGCAGAUCAUGAAAAAACAGGAAAGGAAGUGAUGUGGGGGUCAGUUUCCUGAACUGUGUAAUUUGCUGAGAAGAGCUUACAGCCAUUGCUUCUGACAAGGACAGGACCUCACUGCUCAGUUUCUUUCCUGUCUCUUCCUGACCUUAUAAACGCCAGGGUUAGUGGAUGAUUAACUCAUAGCAAGCAGUGGCUCUCGUUUUUAUAGGACUAGGUCCUGGCUUCCAUAUCACUAGCUAUUGCCUUGUAUACUCUGCUCCAGCUACACUGUACCUGUACUAGGCCUUAGCCACGCCAUAUUCCUACACUACUUCCUGUCUGUAGCCAUGUGACCUCUGCCUGGAAGCCUUCUUUUUCCUUGAUACUUUCUCCCUGCCAAACUCAUUUCUCCUUAAGCCAUUCAUUGACCUCUCUCCGCUGCACCCUUGCCAAAACUUAAGAAGGGAUGAAUCCACCUUUUCUACUCCAUGGCCCAAUGUUCAUUCCUUGAUCAUGCCAUGUAUCAUAGCACACUUUAGGUAGACAUAGUUGAGGUUUGUCUCACCAGGCUGCAGGCACUUCAGGGGCAGGGACCUUGUCUUACAAAUUUUUAUUUCCACAGUGCAUGAAACAUAGUAGAAACUAAACUUUGGAAUUGUGGGGAUAAUUUGUAUCAAAUGUCUUUUUGAAUUAAGAGAUUUAGUUAUGUUUACUAAGAAUGUAAAGUUUGAAUUGGUUUACAUUUGGCAGUUGGAACAGUUUAUUGAUGUCAGUUUUAAAUGUAGAGGUAUAAUGUUAAAUUAUUUUAUAUUUUCUGGAAACUGAGUGAAAUGUUUGAUAAAAUGCUGCCAUUGUUCUCUGAUAAUUCCACUGUCCGGAAUUACGUACUGUAACCGCCUGGAUGUAAAUGUGAGGACUACAGCUCAUUGCUGUGUCAGUGGUGCCUGAGGGCAGCCACAGCCACCCGUGACCUCACUCCCAUUGCUCCUUGUGACACUCGUCUUUCUUCUCCCCUCUGAAGCCCAUGCUUAGGCCUACCUCAGCACCGCUUUCCUUGUCUUCCUUCUGCGUUCAGCUCAGGUGCCACCUCUUCCAAAAACCAUUCCUCAGCUCAUGAUGCAAACAAGUACAGACAGCCUCUAAAUCUUACCAGUUUUAUUUUCAGCCUGGGUUUUAAACCCAGACAAGUUAACUGACUUACCGGGUUGGGACUAGAACUGGGCUUUGUGACUCCUAAACCCGUGUUCUUAUACAAUGCUGCCUUCUGAAUUUUUGUGGCAUUCUUUAGCAUAUGCUUUCUUGUAGUCCCACUUUUUAUGUGCCUGUUAUAUUUCCCUAAUAAGAUUGUAAGCCCCUUAAGGGCAAGGACUUCAUUGCAUUUCUAGCACUACCAUAGUGUUCUAUACUUAGUUAUGAACUAGAUAAAUAAAUGGUGGUGAAUACAA